AUGCUCCCCACGUCAACGCUUAUCCUCUCCUCUCCCAACGCCGCCUAUGCUCUGCUGACAGCAAGCUCUGCUUGUACUGAGACUCCCAAGCAGCGUCGCCGGAUCGACUCGUCCUGCGCUCAUUCCUUAUCCAGCGACUCUGUUUCUCACCAGCUCAAAUCCACCUCUUCUGGGUUUCGUGUUCCUCUCGUUCGAUCCGCCAACAAAAUUUCGGUUCCAGCAAGUCCUCUUCGACGAAACCGUGACCUUUCCUCCUUCCGUGUCGUCGCGUCGUCCAAUCUUCACGAGAUGGCCGGUGCAACUUCAGCUGAUGCCGCUGGUGCCGGUGAUUCCUCCUCCGGGCUCGUCGUAUGCUUCGGCGAAAUGCUCAUCGAUUUUGUCCCCACCGUCAACGGCGUCUCUCUCGCCGAAGCGCCUGCAUUCAUGAAGGCUCCUGGCGGCGCGCCUGCCAACGUGGCGGUUGGCAUUGCGCGGCUCGGUGGACGCGCGGCUUUCAUGGGGAAGGUUGGGGAGGACGAAUUCGGACACAUGCUUGGCGGGAUUCUCAAAACGAACGGCGUUGACACGUCAGCGCUCAGAUUCGACGCGGGAGCGCGCACAGCCCUCGCUUUUGUCACGCUCAGAUCUGACGGCGAGAGGGAAUUCAUGUUCUACAGGAACCCUAGCGCGGACAUGCUGCUACAGCCGGAGGAGCUUGAUCUCCCCCUCGCUACAAGCGCAUCUGUGCUACACUACGGAUCCAUCAGUUUAAUCACAGAUCCGUGCAAAUCCGCGCAUCUGGCUUUGCUAGAUGCUGUGGAAGCUAGCGGUAACACUGUUCUCUCUUACGACCCUAAUCUCCGGAUUCCCCUCUGGCCGUCCCCGGAAGCGGCGCGGGACGGCAUCUUGAGCAUCUGGGACCGCGCGCACAUCAUCAAAGUGAGCGACGAGGAGGUGGCGUUUCUGACCAAUGGCGGCGACCCAUACAGCGAUGACGUGGCCCGGUCUCUGUUCAAUCUCAGCCACAAAAACAGCAGCAGCGGCGAUGGUGACGGGAAAGGGAAGCUUAGGCUCUUGCUGGUAACUGAGGGGGAGAAGGGAUGCAGGUAUUACACAGAACAGUACCAGGGGAGAGUGGAUGGGUUCAGUGUUGCUGCUAUAGACACCACUGGUGCUGGUGACGCCUUUGUUGCAGGGUUUCUCCGCAAGCUAGCAGGAGGCAGCAGCGGUAGCAAUGGCUUUGCUGCAUUGGAUUCAUUGCUAGCAGAUGAGGCGAAGCUGAAGGAAGCGCUGCUGUUUGCCAAUGCGUGUGGAGCCAUCACCACCACGGUUAGAGGCGCCAUUCCCGCUCUCCCUGAUGAAAUGAGGGUGGCGCAGGUGCUGGGUUGA